AUGUGGAAUGCGAAGUCAGGCGGGAGGACGUCAUGGGGUGAUUCGAAUGGGUUCCUAAGGAACGGAUCGAUCAUGGACUUGAUCAUCGAGAAUGGCGCUGAGAUUGACGCCAGCCACCCUUUCCACAAACACAGUCAUAAAGUCUGGAUCAUCGGCCAGGGUGACGGUGGGUUCUACUGGAAGGAAGUGGACGAUGCCUUGAAGAAGGGAGGUCAGGCGCAAAGUAUUUCAAUUGUCAAUCCGACCUAUCGUGAAGGAUUCACUCUCCAUGCUGGCGAGGGCAAGUUCAUUGUGGUACGCUACAAGAUCGACUUCCCGGGAAGCGGCCAACAGGUUGUUAUGCUGGAAGGGAUGGAAGUUAUGCCGCCAGUCCCACAGGAGUUGAAAGACAAGGCUCAUGUCGAGUUUGACUUUCCUCGGCGCUACGGACCACUAGACUGA